ACGCAUCUUGGCGGGAAGAGAUGCUCGGAGUGUCUUCACUGACGCCGGCGCCGCCAUGGCUUCUAUCGGUCAUGGCGGCUAUCCUUAUGCUGCUGGCAAAUACAGCGGUGGAAGCGGCCGGCCAGUCAACGCAGGAAGAGAUACUAGUGACUGUAAGGCGUCAGCUGGAGGGCUCGGAGCCAUCUGAAGGCUUGCUGCCUGCCGCGUCCGGCUCUGCCUGCUUCUGGGCCGGGGUUGCCUGUGACCCGCUGGGCGCCGUGACGAGCCUGGACUUCAGCUCUCAGGGGCUGUCCGGAACCCUUCCUGCUCAGCUGGCAGGCCUUGCGGGCCUUCAAUCACUCCUUCUGACCAACAACUCAAUUGGCGGAAUGCUUCCGGUAGAGUGGAGCUCCUUGAUGGACCUGGAAGUACUGGCCCUGGACACCAACGCCAUCACCGGCAGCCUACCCGCCAUGUGGGCUGCGCUGGGAAGCCUGCGUGAGCUGCGGCUGCGCAACAACCGUCUAAGUGGCGGCGGCCUCCCAGCCGCGUGGGGCGGAGGUCUCGGCGCACUGCAGGUCCUUGACCUGUCAGACAAUCCGCAUCUGGGUCAGGGGAUGGGACGCUUGGGCGCGGCCGUGGUACCCAGCACCGGUGACUCAGGAGCAGGCGCCCAGCUACCGGGUUCGUGGGGCCGACUGACGUUCCUGCGCAGCCUGCUGCUUCGCAACACCGGUCUGGCAGGCACGCUACCGCCGGACCUUGCGACGCUUAGGCGGCUUGUGCGCUUGGACCUGUCCUCGAACUCUUUCGGUGGAACCCUGCCUGCGGCAUGGGCGCCCGGCAGCUCCCCGGUGAGAGGUGCUGGCAGCAGCGGCGCAGGCGGUCUCACGGCACUGCGUCAGGUUGACCUCUCCAGUAACCGGCUGUGGGGCACGCUGCCAGCCGACUGGUCUUCCUUUGCGUCACUGCAGUACCUGAGCCUGGCAGGUAAUGCCCUGUCGGGCACGGUGCCGGAGGCCUGGGGCGCGCAACGGGGUCUGGCUGCGCUGCUGCUUUCCAGCAACGCGGCGUUGUGCGGGCCCGUGCCGGGCGUUAUCCAGCCCAUGCUGCUGGCUGCGACCGCUAAUGCCACGGUCAGCUGCGGCAACUGCACCAGCUCUGCACAAGAGACCUCCGCACUGGCAGCCGCUAUCAAUGGCACGCAGCUGCUGCGGUCGUGCACGUGGUUACAGGAAGGCUCUUUGCUGCUGAGCCUGCGCCACUCCAUGUCUGGGCCCAGCAGCACGCUUGCUGAGUGGGCGGAGGGCACGGACCCGUGCGGAGUCUCAAACGCCUGGGAGGGUGUGCUGUGCGACAGCGUUGCGCAUACAGUGACGGGCCUUGACCUGUCUGACAAAGGGCUGUCGGGGACUCUCCCGCCCCAACUGGCGCUGCUGAGCGGGUUGGGCCGUCUGGUGCUGGAUGGCAACAGCAUUACAGGCACGCUACCCAGCGGCUGGUCGCAGCUGGCGGCGCUGUCGUACAUCUCGGUGCGGCGCAACAGCCUGGCGGGUGGGCUGCCGGAGUGCUGGAGCGCCCUGUCCGCGCUGUCGUACCUGGACCUGUCGCACAACGGGCUGAGGGGCCCCCUGCCGCCGGCCUGGGGGACCGGCCUGCCGCGCAUCGCGCACAUAAAUCUGGACGGCAACAGCCUCAACGGCACGCUGCCUUCGGUAUGGGGCUCCGGCGCCUCCGCCAGCACCGAGCCAGCAGCCGCCGGCACCGGCACAGUGGCCAACGGCAGCAGCCCUGUGGGCCUGGUCACGCUGGUGACGCUGCACGCGGACAGCAACAGCCUGAGCGGCUCGCUGCCGGCCGCCUGGAGCAGGCUGCGGCAGCUGCAGGAGCUUAGCCUGAAAGACAACCUGCUCACGGGGCCGGUCCCGCACGAGUGGGCAGACCCCGGUGGCAUGAGCAGCCUCAGGUACUUGGGCCUCUCCUCCAACGCCGGAAUGUGCGGUCCUGCUCCGGCAGCCAAUCCAACGACCGCAACCGCCGCUGCCGCCAACAACACUGGCGGCAACGUCAUUUACAAGCUCAACAGCAGCUCCACCAACAACGCCACCGGCAUCAGCAACACGAACAGCAGCACCAGCACCGGCAGUGCCGUGUUCCAGCUGGAGGCGGACUACACGCAGCUGGGCGCCGCCUGCCCGCCGCAGGCGCGGAGUGGUGGCGGCGGCGCAGUGGCGGCGGGCGCGCAGCUGUGGAUAGCGGCAGGUGCUGGGUCCAUCGGCACGCUCGUGCUCGUCGGCGUGAUAGCAGCUGCCGCGUCAGCCGUCAACCGCCGCCGAGCCGCCGUGGCAGGCUCAACGGAUGCCGCCGCCAAGCACGGUUCCAUUGCCGCAGCAGUGGCGGCGCGCCGGCGCGCCUCCACCGGUGGCGGAGCUGACAGCAUCCACAGCCUUGUACCAGGCUCCCCACGCGCUCCCGCGGGCAGUCCGAGGUGCGCCUCCAUGACCUCGCCCUCCGGCAGGGCGGGCAGCUACGGCGGCAUACACGGCCUUACUGGUGGUGCCAUGAGACCUCUGGAAAGCCCCCAGUCCUUUCUGGUGGCACAGCGGCUGCGCAGCGCACCCAGUCCCUCCGCUAUGCUCCACGCUACGACCGGCAGCUGUAGCGCCGCCGCGUCCGCAGCACGGCAGCUGUACGGCGGCGCCGCCCUCGGCGCCGCGAGCGAUGGCGACGACGGCGGCGGCAGGAAGGCGCGUUCCCACGCCUUGCAGCAGCAGUACCGGCCUCGCAUCAGCCACCUGGCCCCAAACCGUGCGUCGGGAGCGCCUGCGACGGCCCAGCAGCGCGGCAUGGAUGGCGGCGGCGCCUCAUUAACCGCAGCUGACGCCCAUCUGUCGCCAUGGCGCACGUCUGCUGCUGCUGCUGCCGUUAACGGAAGCGGCGGCAGGUUGCGGGCACCGGCCGAUGACGGCUCCGGGCUGCAGUUUGGGCUGUCACCGACCCGCUCCCAACAGCAGCCGCGCUCCCCGCUCAACACACCACCGCUCUCCCCGCUAUCGGCACCCUGCGCCCCCUCCACGGCCAGCGGUGCUCCACUGCCGGCUCUGCAUCCUGUGCUCGACGCCCUGCCGACAGUGCAGCCCCGCCUGGAGUCCUUCGGCUGGCUGUGGGGUGGUACUGCAGGCGCUGCUGCUGGCAGGGCUGCCGCUGCUGCUACCGGCGAUGAGCACGUGCAGGCGCGCAGCGGCUUGCUGUCCACCAGGACCGUCGCCGCGGUUUCCAGUUUUACAAGGAUUGUCGGUGGCUUCCUCCCGCGCCGCUCAUCCGCCGGCGGUGGGAUGCCCACGGGCUUCACAAACCCCGGCGCGGCGGGUGGGGUGAUGAACGGGUCCCCGCGGCCUCAGCAUUCCCCUGGUGUUCAGCCUGGCAAUGGAGCUUGUGGCGAGGCCGGUGGUUCCCCCGAUGAGGACAUGGCGGCAGCCGCGGAGCUAUACCAGGCCAUGGCGCUGGCCGACCAGCAGGGAGCAAAGGAGGCUGCGCGGUCUGGCGCAUCGACUCCCCAUGGCGUGGCAGCCAUCAGGUCGCCUAGGCUCAGCACCAACCCGCUCUUUGCGGGGCCUGGGACCGACGCAGAUUAUGGAAACACUGCCGGUGGCGGCACAUUGCACCAGCAGUCGGACCCGGCCAUCACAGCGAGCGGAGGGGAGCACGAGCAGCUACAGCAGCCUAACACGCAGGCGCAGCGCAAGCUGCGCGUGUCAGCUGGCCUAGGAGAGGAUGACAGCGAUUUGGAGCAGCAGUCACCUGGAAACCAUGCAGCGGCUGGUGACAUGAAUGGCGCUGCACACAUGCUCGCAGCCCCCACGUUCAUGUUCCGGCCCGCAGAGGGCUUAGCUGCCGUGACGGCCUGCGACCAAGGGCCGGGGCACGCUGCUGGCGGCGCCGCUGCCCACGGGGGCGUGAGUGUGCUCAAGAAUGAGGCAGCGGCUGCUACCUUCAGCAUGAACAGUCCACGGCUGGGAAUGCCGCCGAUGCCCCAACGCUAACGUGUGUGCUGAUUUCGGCUAGCACGGUUUCCCGCUGAUACCACAUCCCAGGGUCGCAGCAUGGCGCGCGGCAGAAGGUCGUGAAGGUGUGGUUUUUGGUCGGGUCAUGUAGAUUGUGUGAUGGGGCAUAAAAGUCCAGCGCAGCAUGACAUGGGCGUGAUGGGACUGUGUUCACGGGAGCGCAAAUGGGUUUGGCGUCAAAGCCAUAUUCUUAUGAGUUACGAAUGCAGAUGCGGUAGUGGGAAGGCGGGGCAGGGCGGGGGACUGCGGCAAAGACUAGCAGAGCCUGGACGAUAUCGUUGCUAU